AUGUCCACCACCCCUGGUGCGGUCUUGGUGCAGACUUCCGGCGAGACGCCAUGUGUAGACGCUGUGUCACCGAUCACUGCUGGUACCUUUCGUACCUGGCUAAGAUUAAUCCCAGCAGCUCAAACAGCACGGUUGGUGGGUCUGCGGAGGGUUUGCUCGAGCUUGCACUUCCCCUGCAUCUGCUGGUUGCAUUUGGCAACAAUUUAG